UUAUUCCUCCUUGCCUACAGUACCUAAAAUUGUUUCCUUUAGAUCAUACCACACAGCCCCAGCUAAGCUAAAAGACUAAAGACAUGAAGCUCUACAGCGUUUGUAUAAAAGCUUUGUUCUUCCUCAUGUUCCUCAUCCUCUGCAACACCUCAGGUGGAUCAGGUGAAAGUACCCUGAGCAAGAUCUUGAAGAAAAGAAAUGUGCAGAGCAGAUCUGUCGACGAACUCGUGGUCCCUCAAGUGAAAGCUAAGGAAUUCCUGUCAGCGCCCCGGAGACCUCGGAGAAACCUGUGGGAUCGCAGCCGUCCAGAUGUGCAGCAGUGGAUCCAGCAGUUCAUGCAUAUGGGCUAUGAUGAGGCUAGGCUUGAGACAGAUCUCGCUUACUGGAUGGACCAUGCCAAAGCUAACGAUCAGGGUCGGCAGCAUCACUAUGAUGAGAAUGCUGCAAUGGGACCGCGAGAUGCCAGCGGAUUCAGACAUGGAGCCAAUGUCAACUAUGAUUAUUACUAAUCAUAAUCUCCUGAUUAGGAAAUAAGCAGCUCUCUUUUUAUUAUUUUUUUGUUUUCCUAACAGGCACAACAAAUGAAUCUAUGCCUUCUUAUAUAAGUCACUGUCUAUUGAUGCACAUUACAGUUGAGUCCAUUUUGAGAGUGGGACUUUUUAAACAAUUAAAAAAAAUAUUAAUAAAGACAAGAA